UCUGCCUUAAGAGGCACAGCGCACAGAGCUCAAUUGCGAAAUUAGGGUUUCCAGCUCCUCACCCUUUCUUUCGAUUUACCACACGCCAUGGGAGGAGGCAACGGUCAGAAGGCCAAGAUGGCGCGCGAGAAGAACUUGGAGAAGCAGAAGGCUGCCGGCAAAGGAAGUCAGCUUAAAACAAACGAGAAAGCCAUGUCUAUCCAGUGUAAGGUGUGCAUGCAAGCAUUUAUGUGCACCACAUCAGAAGUGAAGUGCAGGGAACAUGCUGAGGCAAAGCAUCCCAAGUCUGAUGUCUACGCUUGUUUCCCUCAUCUCAAGAAAUGAAAGAACAUUUGAUAAGAAGUCGCAGGGACAGAUUAUGAAUGUCGUGGCCCUCUAUAUUAAAGCCUGGAAUGAAUUUACCAAGAGUUCUUCUAGAACGAUAGCUAUUUAAUACUUGCUUGUGGAGUUGUUUUUGUGUGUGUGUGUGUGGUGAGUGAGGGAGAGAGAAAGCGAUGUAUCUCCUUGUUGAACCGAAACUCGGUCUUGAAUGAUCAUGGAUGUUGGUGGUAUAACUCUUGAAAAGAGAUGUGUUUCAUGGAA